AUGGAUGAAGAAAAACAGCGUGUAAUGGAAGCAGAACGUCGCGAAAUCGAAGAAACAGAGAAGCGAUUGAAUGAUCUGGGGACUGUUUUGAAUUCUGAAGACGACGAUGACGAGUCUGCUUUGAACUCCGACGAUGAGACUGAGGACAUCGAGGGUAAAGCAUGGUUUGAAGUUGGAGAGCACUACGUCGAUAAAGAGGAUAUGUGGAGCAAAACUUUUGGAGACUGCAAACACUGUUGCUCUGAAAAGGAGUAUCUGGAGCAGACACAAAACGAGGACGACAAAAAUCAUCUGCUCCGUUUGCGUGGUGGUGGUGACAACGAAGAUGACGAGGAUUUGCCUUCAUACUCCGACUCCGACGAGGACGAUUUGAUUUGCCCACGUUGCGGUAAAAUCGCAAACGUUCCCAACAGAAUGGGUCAAUUGUGCCCUUCGUCUCAAGAUUGUGGACAGAUGAUUUGUCGUGCUUGUCUUGACGACAUGACCCAUUCUAGAGAGAUGUUCUGUCCCCCAUGUUGGCAACGCAACUUAGAUCUAGACUUCAGACCAUCAUCUUAUGAGGAGUAUUGCCGUGAGGGUGAAUCGCUCGCAGAACAAAUAGCCCUCUACCAGAAUUUGUCUUCUGACUCCGACUCCGACGAGGACGAUUUGAUUUGCCCACUUUGCGGUAAAAUCGCAAACGAUUCAGGCAACGGAAUGGGUUAUUUUUGUCUUGCUGGUUGUGAAAAGAUGAUUUGUCUUUCCUGUAUUGACGAAGAUGAAGUAUGGAACAAUCCAUCACCAGGCUGGAUGCUCGACAAUGACACGUACGAAGACUGGCAGUGCGUUGCAUGUCGCAAUAAAGAUAACAUUUUAGCGUCACGGUCGGGACGCUGA